AUGUCCAGCGACGACGACGCUCUCCAAGCCUUCAUCGAUGCCCUCUUCGAUGCUGCACCUGCCGGCACCGACGGAGACGGCUUUGCAAUUCCUGCUCUCCGUCACAUCGCAGACGAUCUCGGCGACAUCCCUACAGGCUUGAGCUUGUGGCAGAUGCUCGAGCGUCGCAUGCCCAUCCCAUCCCGACUCAUCUUUCGACUCACUGCCAUGGGCAUCGUGAUCCCGGCCCAUAUGGUUACUGAAAUGCAAACCAACACCUAUGCCAACGGCACAGGCAACCUGGGCAACAACUCAGGCGCCCUCAACACCGGUGGCGGAGACGACGGCGGAGGCGUGGUCAUGACGAGCCGGGGCACUGUGAUCCCUGCCUCGGAUUUGAAGGGACCACCUUAUCUCGCCCCUGAGAAGUGGGUGGCACACGUCAAGAACGCGUACGAACUGCAAGACAGGAAAGGCGAGCUGUGGUCAGCCGUGAUCAAUCACUGGGAAGCUCGCGCCGGAGAAGAUGAUGAUGACGACGAUGACAGUGACUACAACGAUGACGAAGACGAUGACUACGAGGAAGACGACGAGGACGAGGAUGAAAAUGAUCAUGUGUUCAGCGAUAAUGAUAUGGAUCUGGGCAGAAUUAGCGAGGUGGAUGGCGGUCGUGAUGAGGAUGCCAAUGAGACCGAAGAGCAGGCUCAGAGAAGACGUGAGGAGGUGCCAGAAGACGACGAAGCUCUAGAGGACGAUGAGGAGGGUCUGGAGGAUGAUUAG